UUAUGACAACAGUUAAUGCUUUUGCUUUCAACUUUUGACUAUUUGCACCCUUUCUUUCCCUAUUUAUACACCCUUUCAUUUUGACUCUUGUCUUAACAACAACUCCUAAGUUAACAAGUAAGAGGAAAAACAAACAAAAAAGGUAUAUUUGUGAAGAAAGUUUAAUUCUUUUGAGAAAAGAGAAAAAGGGUAUUCAAGGAAAAAAAAUGGUGAGACCACCAUGUUGUGAUAAAGAAGGUGUGAAGAAGGGUCCUUGGACUCCUGAAGAAGACAUCAUUUUGGUUUCUUAUAUUCAAGAACAUGGUCCUGGAAAUUGGAAAGCUGUUCCUACUAAUACUGGUUUGUUAAGGUGUAGCAAGAGUUGCAGACUUAGAUGGACAAAUUAUCUAAGGCCAGGAAUCAAAAGGGGUAAUUUCACUGAUCAAGAGGAGAAAAUGAUUAUCCAUCUUCAAGCUCUUUUAGGAAACAGAUGGGCUGCAAUAGCUGCAUACCUUCCACAAAGAACAGACAAUGACAUAAAGAAUUAUUGGAACACUUAUUUGAAGAAAAAGCUCAAGAAAUUAGAAACAAGUACUUCUUCUGAAUCAUGUUUAGGACAUGAUGAUUUCUCAGUUUCUCAACCAAUUGCUAGAGGACAAUGGGAAAGAAGACUUCAAACCAACAUUCACAUGGCCAAAAAAGCACUUAGUGAAGCUCUUUCACCAGAAAAAACCACUUCUACCAACUUAUGUUCACCUCUUGAAUCUAGCUUUUCUAAUGAAGCUUCUUUUUGUUCAACAAAACCAACACAAACACAAACACAAUCUUUGUGUUAUGCUUCAAGUGCUGACAACAUAGCUAGGUUGUUGAAAGGUUGGAUGAAAAAUAAACCAAAAGGGUCAAAUGGUAAUAACACAAAAGUGAUGCAAAAUUAUGAAACAAGUGCUUCUAGUGAAGGGAUUGAAAAAGGGUCAUCAACAAUUUCUGAGAAUUUUGAGUCUUUGUUUGGUUAUGAGGAUUUUGAUUCUUCAAAUUCAGAUUCUACUACACUUUUUCAAGAUGAGAGCAAACCUCAAAUUGGUGAUAGUGAAAUUAUGCCAUUCUCUUUGCUUGAGAAAUGGCUUCUAGAUGAUGGUGCUUGUCAAGAGAAAGUUAAUCUUAGUGAAAUUAAUUGCAUGUUUUGAAAUUGUUGUGACUAUGUUUUGGAUUUUCAAUUUUGUAAGAUUUGGAAAUCUUGCUUUUUUUCUUAGUUCUAGGACUAAGGCUAAUUGAAUAUCUCACUUUUUUCUUCUUCUUAGUAACACUUUGGUGGUGUAGAACUGUAUAUUUCAAUCCAAUAUUAAUGACAUUAUAAUAUCAUCACAAUUUACGAUUA